AUGCGACGAUCGUGGCCGUGGGGCCUGUCCGGGCCUGCCGUGGCCCUGAUUUUCCUUGUGGUGGUGGGAUCCGUUGGUCGCAGCAGUGCCUGCGAUGGCAUCACCGAUGCUCGACUUUUUCUCGUUCCCGCUGCUGACCAUCCCGCCAAUUCAACACGACCCAUUUUCGAUGCACCCGAGUCCUAUCCGCGGUACGUGGGCUCGGCUCGGGGUGCCAACAACUACCAGGCCGUGGAUGGACAGCAGGACAGCACGCCUCGAGGCUACAUCCCGCAGGUACCCCACACAUACGCCCUCAUGGAGGCCACGUAUGGCGUCAUGAAUGAGCACGGUGUGGGCAUUGCCGAGAGCACCUGCUCCUGCAUCGACUGGUCCAAGAUCCCAUCCGCUGCCCAUCUUGUCGGCCGCGCCAAGCCGCUCAUGGCCAUUGACACCCUCUCCCGCAUUGGCUUGGAACGCGCAACCACGGCCCGUGAAACCGUGCAAAUCAUGGGGGCACUGGCCGAAGCUCAUGGCUUUUAUGGUCCCGACUCUUUUGAGGGCACCGGCGAGACCCUGCUGGUGGAGGAUGGCAACGAGAGCUUUGUUUUCCACAUUCUCGGUGACCCUACCGGGAGCUCGGCCGUCUGGGUGGCACAGCGCGUGCCAGAUGGACACGUGGCCGUCUGUGCGAACCUGUACAUUGUGCGCGAGGUGGAUCUCAACGAUCCCUCACAGUUCCUCUACUCCCAGUCCAUGGUGUCCCUGGCCCAAGAACACGGCCUUUGGACCCCAGGCACCCCCUUUGAUUUCGCCGGUAUUUACUCCGACGGCGAGUAUGCUCACAAGUACUAUUCUGGACGCCGCAUGUGGGGUGCAUACCAUCUGCUGGCCCCUAGCCUGAACCUGAACGCCUCCUACGACAAUUUGCUGCACGAUCGGCCCUACCCUUUUAGCGUGCGCCCAGAUCGGCUCCUCAAUGUGUCCGAUUUUUUCCGCGUCCACCGUUACAGCUAUGAAGACACGCCGUACAGUCUGCGCCAAGGCAUUGCUGCGGGCGCCUUUGGUACGCCCGAUCGCUACAGCGGAGGUGCUGGCGAAGCCGAGGUGCAAGGCAACUGGGAGCGGCCCAUUAGUCUCUUUCGCACCACCUAUUCACAUGUCAUUCAGAGUCACCGCGACCUGCCGGCCGCCGUGCGCGGCACGCUCUUUUUUGGGCCCCAUGCCGCUCACGGCACCUGCUACCUGCCGCUCUUCUCGGGUCAGACGGAAAUGGCCGAAGCUUAUCGCCAGGCGCGCGCCGGCAAGCUCAACCGCACAUCCGCUUUCUGGGCCUUCCGCUAUGUCGAGAACCUGGCCAACCUUCGCUUUGAUGCCAUGAUCCAGGAUAUCAAUGCUCAACAAAGGACAUAUGAGGCCGAAGGCGUGGCUCUCCGCGCCCAGCUUGUGGCUGCUGCUCAAGCCGGGCAUGUUGAUGUGGCCAAUUUGACCACCGCUAGCCUGGCCCUCACGCAGCGUGUCGUUGCAAAGUGGUGGGAACUGGCGGAUGAUUUAAUGGUCAAGUACGCUGAUGGGUGGGUCACCGUCAACCUUGGUCCCGUUGAUGCGGCCGCCCCGCCUGGCUAUCCAGCAUGGUGGCUCAAGCAAGUGGGCUAUCCAGAGGGGCCACCGCCUGUUGAUGCUGUUCACGACAACCUAGACCUGGGUCAAAAGUAG